AUGUGGGAAAAUAUUCACUUCACACAUUUUCCAAGACAUAGGAUAGUGCACACUGGAGAUGGACUCUAUGAAUGUAAGGAAUGUGGGAAAGCCUUUGAUUGUCCCAAUUUUUUUCAUCAGCAUGAAAGAACUCACACUGCAGAGAAACCAUAUAAACACCACAGAGUCAGGUAUAAACCUGCCUGUGGGGCUUCUGUUCCACGCUCCCUGAGAAAACAUGCUCCUGUCCUGCAGUCCCAAAACAAGGACUGUCUCGACAUGGAUAAUGAGACCCAUGUCUCUGAAUUCAUCCUCCUUGGCCUCUCUGAUCAGUCCCAGCAGCGGCAGGUGCUCUUUGGUCUGACCUUUGGCCUGUAUCUGACUGGGUGUCUGGGUAACCUGCUCACCAUCCUGGCCGUUGUCUCAGACCCUCACCUCCACAGUCCCAUGUACUUCUUCCUCAGCAACCUGUCUCUCCUGGACAUCUGCUUCUCCUCUACCACCAUCCCCAACAUGCUGGUGAACCACCUAUGUGGACGCGCCACAAUCUCCUCCUCAGCUUGCCUGGCCCAGAUGUAUUUCUUCAUUGCCUUCGGGGGAGCCGACAGCAUCCUCCUGUCUGCCAUGGCUUACGAUCGCUACGUGGCCAUCUGCCGUCCACUGCACUACAUGACAAUCAUGAAUGCCCUUCGGUGUGCCUUGCUGGUGGCGGGAACUUGGAUCUCAGCCAACCUCAUAUCCACAGUCCACACGGUCCUGGUGGCUCGCUUGUCAUUUUGCACCAAUAGAAUCCCUCACUUCUUCUGUGACCUCAACACAUUGAUCAAGCUCUCCUGCUCCAACACCCAAGUCAACGAGAUGCUGGUGUUGAUCCUUGGGAGCUCGGUGGUCCUGAUCCCUUUCACGGGCAUCGUGGCCUCUUACACACCCAUUGCUGCAGCUGUGUGGGACGUGCCCUCAGCCCGGGGAAAGUGGAAGGCCUUCUCCACCUGCGGCUCUCACUUGUGUGUUGUGUCUCUCUUCUAUGGGACGAUCAUUGGGGUCUACUUCAACCCCGCAUCCACACAUACCACCCAGAGAGACAUGGCAGCCACUGUGAUGUACACACUGGUCACCCCCAUGCUGAACCCCUUUAUCUACAGCUUAAGGAACCAAGAGCUCAAGGGCGCCCUCAGGAAACUUCUCAGUGGGAACCAUGUUGCGAAGCCUCUUUGA